AUGUCCAGGCCCUUUAAGGACUUAGCACCCGUUCCAUUGGACCCCGUCUUUGGUCUAGCGAGGGCUGCAAAGGCCGCCCCAGAACCGAAGGCGGAUCUCGUUAUUGGUGCCUACCGCGACCAAAACGGGUUGCCGUAUCCAUUAAAAGUAGUGCGGAAGGCUGAGCGGCGCAUUGUGGACAUGGGCCUUGAUAAAGAGUACCCACCCAUGACUGGUCUUCUUAACUUUGUUGAAGAAGCUGUAAAACUCGCCUACGGCAAUACGGUGCCAUUGGAGCGUAUCGCCGCCUCGCAGGGUCUCAGCGGCACCGGCUCGCUUAGCCUUGGAGCCACGCUCCUCAGGCAGGUGGUACCUGAAGAUACCCCCGUGUAUGUUUCAAAUCCCACAUGGUCAAACCACGUAUCAAUAUUCGGAAUUGUGGGUCACAAAAAUAUCCGUGAAUACCGUUACUACAGUCCCAGCACCCAUGAGCUGGACUUCGUUGGCCUCAUUGAAGAUCUGAACGUGGCCCCUCAGGGGAGUAUUAUUGUGCUGCACGCAUGUGCCCAUAACCCCACUGGUGUGGAUCCAAGCAAAGAUCAGUGGGCAACCAUCGCCGAUGUAUUUGUUGAACGUAAAUUGAUUCCCUUCUUCGACUCCGCCUACCAGGGUUUUGCAUCCGGCAGUCUCGACGAGGACGCCUACGCCAUCCGCCACUUUGCAAAGAGAGGGAUGGAAAUGCUACUUGCACAGUCCUUUUCCAAGAACAUGGGUUUGUAUGCCGAACGUGUUGGUGUGAUUUCUGCUGUCGUUUCGGAUGCUUCAAGGAAGGAGGCCGUGCGGAGCCGCCUUGAGGUGAUCGCCCGUUCCUAUUACUCAACCCCACCUGUACAUGGCGCUCGCAUCGCUCACCUCGUGAUGAGUGACAAAGAACUCCGCGCAGAAUGGGAGCAGGAACUCAAGGAGAUGGUGAACCGCGUCCGAAGCAUGCGUCAAGGUGUUUAUGAAGGGCUGAUGAAACUCGGUACUCCCGGCACUUGGGAGCACAUCAUCAACCAGAAGGGUAUGUUCUCUUAUAUGGGACUUUCAAGGCCUCAGUGCGAAAGGUUGUGCGAGAAGCGCGUUUUUGUGCUGCCUGUCGGCCGCGCCAACCUCGCAGCGUUAACGCCCUCAACAAUGGAUUUUCUGGUCAAGUCGAUUGACGAUGUUGUCCGACACGUGCGUAACAAGUAG